AUGUACCACCAAAAUCUAAAUUUCUUCUCUCACCUUCAACCUCAUUCCUUAGCUUACACCUUCUGCAAAUGGGGUCCUUUCAUUCUCACGCUUCUCGCCACCCUUCUCAUUCUCCGCUUCCGCCAGACCACCACUUCCAUCCCGCUCAGCACCGCCGAUUAUGAUUACUCUGAUACCGAAGAUGACGACCACGAUGAUGCAUCAUCCUCAAUAUCGGAGCUCGAAGACGACCAAGAAGAAGAAAAACAAGAAGAGAGAACGAAUGAGUGUUUCAGAAUGGGAGGCUCCACAAACGACGAUCCUCAGUUCCUACGACGUCCUAGCUUUGGUGAUUUCUUGUCGCUUUCGGAAAUCGCCAACACGAAAAGCGUCGUAAAGUUAUGGGACUCUAUAGGGUUUGGGCUAGGGUUUGACCGUUCAUGUUCUUCCUCCAAUGAAAACGUGGUGUCCGUUUACCACGGAGAACAUGGACUCUGCCCUAAUCAGACGGUGUUGGUUUCUGCCGGAGAAAAUGCGGCGGGUAAUUUAGCGAUGAGGGUUUGGGACGUGCGGCUUCGGCGGCGGAUACCGGCGGUGAUGGCGGAGUGGGGGUCGAGUCUUGGAAAGGUCGUUGGAAUUGAAUCGUGCGAAGUACACAAGGUUUUCGUCAGAGAUAACGGUGGUUACGGCGUGACAGUUGGUGACAUCAGAAAAGCGAAAUCGCCGUUGGAAAAGGAGUAA